AUGCAGCGUUCUAAGGCGUCACCACAGAUCCUGGUUCGAUCCCAGCCGGCCGUGAACCGGGAGACCCAUGAUGCGGCGCCCAAGCCUUAUCACUGCUCCCAGUGUGGAAAGAGUUUUAACCGGAAAGAAUACCUGAAAGAGCAUGAGAGAAUACACACAGGGGAGAAGCGAGAGAAGACGUACCGCUGCUCCCACUGUGGAAAGGGUUUUAACCAGUUAGGGGACCUCAAACGACAUGAGACAAUACACACAGGGGAGAAGCCUCAUCACUGCUCCCAGUGUGGAAAGGGUUUUAACCAGUUAAGGGACCUGAAACGACAUGAGAGAAUACACACAGGGGAGAAGCCUUUCCAAUGCUCCCAGUGUAGAAAGAGUUUUACCCAGUUAGGGAGCCUAAAAAUACAUGAGAGAAUACACACAGGAGAUAAGCCUCAUCACUGCUCCCAGUGUAGAAAGAGUUUUAACCGGAAAGAAUACCUGAAAGAGCAUGAGAGAAUACACACAGGGGAGAAGCGAGAUAAACCUUUCCAAUGCUCCCAGUGUGGAAAGAGUUUUUCACAGUUAGGGAACAUGAAACAACAUGAGAGGACACACACAGGAGAGAAGCCUCAUCACUGCUCCCAGUGUGGAAAGAGUUUUACCCAGUUAGGACACCUGAAAGUUCAUGAGAGAAUACACACAGGGGAGAAACCACACCAGUGUUCCCACUGUGGAAAGAGUUUUAAGUGGGUAUGUUACCUGAAAGAGCAUGAAAGAAUACCCACUGGAGAAAAGCCGUUCCAAUGCUCACAGUGUGGAAAGGGUUUUACCUUGGAAGGGAGCCUGAAAACACAUGAAAGGACACACACAGGAGAAAAAACAUUCCAAUGCUCUCAGUGUGGAAAAGGUUUUACCCGGGUAGUGAACCUGCAAACGCAUUUGAGAACGCACACAGGGGAGAAGCCCUACCACUGCUCAGAUUGUGGAAAGAGAUUUACCCAGCUAGGGAACCUGAAAUCACAUGAGAGAACACAUUCUUUAGAGAGACCUUUUCAGUGCUCACAGGGUGGAAAGAGAUUUAUCAAUUCAUAA